CCUCAGGACACUCCCAAUCCUUCGUUUUCACCCUCCCUGCCCUCGCUGAGCUCGAGGCGCUGGACGUUACACUCCUUUGCUCGCCCGAUACGACGCUCCGCUCUUCCGGCGGUACACGUCUGUUCAUCGAGCAACGCCCCUUUUCUCCCACCUGAACUUUCCCUUACGCCUGUACAUCCGCUGUGUGCUGGCGCAGGUCUAUGCUCUUACAGUCGUCACUCCUUUUUUAACAUAACAGCACCAUUCGCCAUGCACAUUGGCAUCGCAAUCGCAAGACAUGACAAGCGGCAGACCCUCGGAAGUGGUACAUCCACUGUUGGAGAAGCUUCCCCCACCGACAGCCAACUUAUUAUUUCCACCGGUGUCCUUCCUGACGCAACCUUGGCUAUCCCACUUGUAUCAGGCUUUACUCCCACAAUCUCGUCCAUCGCAACCUCGACAGCUGCAUCUUCUUCCUCUGCCUCUCCCGCCGCGACAUCCAACUCCGCUGCUUUGAAAGGCUCAUCCUCAGUGUCUUUGUCUACGGUCAUUGCUGCAUGCGUGGGGGCAUUCGCCGGUAUGGCUCUGUUGGUCAGUAUCUUCAUAUGGUGGUCACGGCACCCGAGCACAAAAUCGCGCAACCUACCACGUUCACCUGUGGCCGAGAAUCGCAAUGCCCGUGGAAGAGAGGAGCAGGAGCGGACGCGCACAACGCAGCAGAUGACCCAGCAGGAGGCAGACGAGAAGAACUUUUCCAUGUUCAAGAAAAGGUCGCCCAGCACGCGCACGACGCGUACGGCCAAGGUUCUGGAGGAACACGGCUUCGACAUGCCAUCUAUCCCCACUGAGAUCUCAAAGUAUCGCCCCGGUCUUGCCAAAGAGCUCGCUUUGGAAGACGCUUUGGAAGAGCCCGAACGGCCUUACGCUGCCCGUCAGGACAGCGGAGUCUCCUGGGACGGCGAGACCCUUGGUGACGACUCGUUCCUCUCACUACGCUCGGUUCGCAUCGAGUCUGGUUCCAUGUCACCCACGAUAGGCAUGGCGAAGAUGACGCCGCCGGCGAUGCCUUCGCAACUGCAUUACUGGGAAUCUGCUGAGGUCGUCACAAUAGGCGAUUCGCCAGCCGCGGGCUCGUCCUCCGAAAGUGCCAAUCCAUUCGCUGAUGCGAAUGAAGAUAAGCGCAGAAGCCACUCCAACCCCUUCUUCAACGCCGGAGAACUCCACCGAGCGUCCAGUCGCCGGAGUCGUAGCAACAGCCGCGGGCAAUCACAGUCUCGCCGUGCGAGCCGCUCCACCGUCCGCGUUCGCGUCGCCAGCGAGGUCGGCAGUGCCAUCGAUCCCUUCGCCGAUAUCACUGAUCCUCCGCCUGCCAUCUCGUUGCCCGAUAGUACACUCCCAAACAGCCCGGCGCACCGGCAUAACAUGUCGCUCGCGAGCGACGAGGCAGAACAAGCUAUGGAGGCCUCGGACCGUGCGAUGCAGUCGCUCAUUGCUGCCCUCGACCUUACAAAAGGGUCGGGCGACACCCGGUUGCGCAUUCAAUCGACGCACUCCAUAGUGUCCCUGCAGCCAUCACCGUCAUCUGCGUAUUCCUUCCAGUCGGGUGAGAUAGGAGUUGCGCGGGACUCCCCACCAAGCCCCGUGUCCCCUCAAGCUCACUGAUUCGCCGCAUAACACCGCAUUGUCAUACCAUAUUAUCUCUCCGUGUACCCCUCACCUCCUUCUCCACCCACCCUGCAUGAUUUGCUGUUUUUAUCACUUGUAUACGCUGUGAGCACCGACCUGCCUGCUAUAUCAGCAUCAAUCCUUUCCCCCUACACCAUCGUUUAACUGCAGUCUUGCCUAUCCGGCGUUUUAUCUCGAUCCGGAAUCGCUUUCACCCCCGUUGACCGCACCCACCCCGUUAUGCUCGCCGUUGAGCUUGACUAGUACCUUACUCCGCUCCUACGCUUUUUC